UGCAAGUUGCGCAUAUAUGACUGUCGACAUGAGUUACAAAAUGUUUACGUUCCUGAUUAUUAUCAUGAUUACACAAGACGUGCAUGGCACACGAUGUUCUGCUCUGAAUGGAACGUGUAAAAGGGAAUGUUUAUCUACAGAAACAUCGGUCAAUGGGCAUGGGUGCUGUCAUCAUAAGAAGUGUUGUUACGCUCCGUGUGAAAGUGGAUGGCUUUAUCUUCCGGGUUCAAAUUGCUAUUUCUUCAGCACAACAUCUGAGGACUGGGAAACUGCCAAGGCAAGCUGUAUGUACCUCGGCGCUAAACUUUCAGAACCUGUAACACAAUCAGAGAUAGAUUAUAUCAGUGACAUAGCUAGAUCUAGGAGUGGCACUUUUUGGCUCGGUGGAACAGACACAGAUAAUGAAGGAACUUUUGUAUGGACGAGUGAUAAUAGAAAUAUCACUCUAUCUAAUUGGGCUGGUGGAGAACCAAACAAUAAUGAUAAUAUGGAAGAUUGUGUAAAUGUGCAUGCUAAGUUGGGUUUUUUGUGGAAUGAUAGCCCAUGCGGUUCGCUUUCUCUCUUUACUUGCGAAACAAAACCUUUGACUAUCUGAACAAGACUGUACCAUAGCCACGCCACACCUCACAUGAAAGACUAAUGAGAUUUCUAUAUAAAUACAGAUCGAAUCAUACAAUUUCGCAACUUACGAUAGAUUAAUCACUUCUUGUAAAUCAUUAACGUAGAUGUUCCUGUCGGUUUAAGGUUUCCAUACUUUUCUGAACUGCUUAUUUCAUAUAAUAUGUUUUACUUACCAAAACAUUGCCAUUAAUUUACAAUAUUUAAUCAGAGAAAAAACACUCACAAGGCAUUAAGGUAUAUGAGAAAAAAAGUUUUCGAAAGGACAAAGAACAAAUGUUUAGAUUUUAUAUGUUUUUAUCAUUUGCAAAAUAAUAAGUAAUCUUAACUAGCUGUCAGCAGCUUACAUGUCACCAAACCGCUUAUUAAUAUUAUCAGUACUAAUUUUACUGCUCAAGAUACACGUUUAGCCAUAGAUAGAUUUUGCUAUUUUUUUAGGUCCUUUUUGGUUAUAACUGUUUCAACUGUUUAGGUUCUUUUACAGGCUUUCAAAUAUUCGGCUUUGAGCGUUCCUGAUGAAUACAUAUGUUAACAUACAUAUGCAUUUUGCUGAUCAUCAACUGAUCACAUAAAUACAAUUAUAAACCGAAAAUUGCAAUGAACAUCAGUUGGCAUCGUCUUAAAAAGCAACUCUUUAAAGGGUCAAAUAACACUUGAAUGAUGAUAAAUGAUCAUCCAAAAUUUCUAA